CCUGAAUGGGGGGUGCCCUGACGUGGGCGCUGUUGUUGCCACUGCUGCUGCACCAGGCAGGCAGCCAGACCUCGUCAUGCAGCGUGUUCUCGGGGGACGUGAACUGGACUACGGAAUACACUGAAACUUGCCUCAACUUCAGCGGCCAAAUCCUGAGCCAGCUACCUCAGAACCAGUCUCUGCGGGCCAGAUCCCUGCAGCUCCUCGACCUGUCUGCGAACGGCCUUCAACGGCUCCCAGGGUCCUUCUUCAGUGACCUGGAGCGGCUGCAGCUACUGAUUGUGACCAACAACUCCUUGGACUUCGUGGACAGGGCGCUGGCCAAACGCUGUGACCUCGACCUGCAGGCUGACUGCAGCUGUGCCCUAUUAGACUGGCACACAGACCGGCAGGACAACUGCUCUGGCCCAGAGCUUCCAAAGUGCCUACAUGUGCCCACUGGUGCCUGGCACAACCUCUCUGUCUUCUUGGACGUGAGCUGCCCCUCUGGCCUGACCAAGACAACCAUUGGCGCACUGGCGGCCAGCGGAAGCCUGCUGCUUGUGCUUGCCAUUGCCGGCCCGGUGCUGGCCUGGAGACUCUGUAGACAUCGGAUGGGCCAGAACCUGAGCAAAACGUGGGCUGCUCAGGAUGGCUCCAGGUCUGGCUCGGGCCGGCUGUCAAGAUACAGUAGCCAAGGCCGCAGGCCUAAGCCCCCAGCCAACACCCUGCCCAGAUCUUCCACCCCUGACUACGAGAACAUGUUCGUGGGCACACCGGCUGCCAGACACCAGUGGGAUGAACACAGGUCUCCCCCUUCAGAGGGCGGCGACUUCUACAUGACCUAUGAGAGCCUCCAGCACGAGUCCCAGCCUGUCUACUGCAACCUGCAGUCGCUGGGCCAGGUCCCAUUGGAUGACGAGGAGUAUGUGGUCCCCGGGCGCUGAGCAACAUCUUCACCAUCUCAGACUCCCGCCUGUCCCCUUCCAGGUGACGGGGCAUUCUGGCUCCUCCCUGGCUUCAGUCCUCCCGUCUGAGGAAUGGCACCAGGGGAGGGUCAUCCUUGAGGCUCCAGAGCAGCUCUGGAGCCCCAUCCCUAGCCCAUUCUGCCCCCGGCCACUGGGCUGCCAGAAGGGGAGGAGAGACCCCAACGUGGAUG